AUGGAAUCAUAUACCGAUGUGCGUUCAAAAAUUGCAUACUUAGAACCGUUCGUAAUGUCUGGAUGUAUUAAUGAUUGGAAAGCUACUGCAUGGACAUAUCAACGAUUGGCGGAAAUUGUAAAACCUGCGGAAAGAGACGAAUUUUUAAGGAUAAGAUUAGGUCCGAAAGAACAUUUAAGAGGAAAA